AUGUUUUUACUGGAUGAGGUUAUAUCGAUCAACAACACAAUUGUGCGUGGAGUUUGAAACAAUUUUCAGUAUUUUCAGUUUCUAAAGAGGUUAUUCAUGGUAUAUGUUGAUAUUUAGUCUUAGAUGAUGGUCGUGUAGGUCCAAUGUUGUCGCGGCUUGCUCUGCGGCCUUUCAGGCCGAUCAAGGCAUCCGAAGUAACUGUCAAUAGUACUAGGAAUGCUUACAUCCAUUUCAAGAGAAAAUGGGACGUGAAUUCUUACGAUGAAAUGCGUGAGCUUCGAAAAAUGUUGGGCUCGAUCACUGAUAAAGAUGCUAUGAUGGCGACAAUAGCAAACCGUUGCGAAGAACCAGACAAAGCUGAAUGGCCCGAGCCCAAUCGAAUGACCAGGCGUGCUGGUGUCAUUGCGAAAAAGCUGGGAUGCAUGUCGUACUGGACACGGGAUGGAGAAUCUCACGCAAUGUGUGCCCUGCAGAUCUUGGACAGCACCGUUAUGGACGUAUCCGUAAUGGGCCCUGAUGAUAGAACUGGCGUGUGGAUGGCCGGUGGGCAGAUGACAGCUGAGGAGAUUGCAAAGACUCCAGACUACAAGCUAGAGCCGUUCCGCGCACGGUCCAUGCACCCGUGCCACGAGGUUCGCUUCAUGGGCACGUCCAUUGAUUCUCUUCUUCCAGUCAAAACAGUCCUGGGUUCGUCCCACUUCCGAUGUGGCCAGUUUGUUGACGUUCUCGGAACUUCCAUUGACCGAGGUUUUCAGGGAGGUAUGAAACGCCACGGCUUCAAAGGCCUCCCGGCGUCUCACGGUGUAACCAGAGCUCAUCGUGCUAUCGGUGCUAUUGGCCAUAAAAAAGACGGUUUGUGGAGAGGAACCAAGAUGCCUGGGCACAUGGGUGGUUACAGGAGAUACGCCCGAUGUAUGCGGGUGGUGCGUGUCGAUCACAAGAACAAUGUAAUCUUUGUGCGAGGCCGUCACACCAUUGGGUACAUUACAGAAUUUGUCAGCAUACACGAUGCUACCUACUAUCCACCACACAGCGCCGUUCCCCAUCCGACACACUUCACCGCCAGGGACGGAGAGCUGCCCGAACAGCAGUUCUGGGACGAGGUCAUCCAGCCCGGCUCGGAUACGUUUGUCUUUGAGGGUGAAAGCAAUUAAGUCAGUGCCGUGUACAGACGCACAGACGCCAUGUAGGUGUGCAAUCCUGCUGCUGCCUGCUGCAAGACUGCAUGCGGAGUACUCGCAUUCUUCAGCUGCUGACACGUGCUGGAUUUUUUUAUAGGCGCUGAACUUGAAAACGCUACUAUUGUCUUGGUAUGGGUAAACAUACGUAUCCCUGCUCUACUGUA